AGAUCAAUAUCUGAUGGUUCGCCUAAAGGAAUCAGAGAUUUCCCUCCCGAGUUAAUACGCCACCACAAAUGGCCCUUCCACAACUUCAAAGAGGGUUCGUGGUUGUAUGGAUUCGAAGAUGUUGAUUUCCCGGUGUUAGAGUCUGAAGCUUUGUUCAUUGGGAAAGCUGGAGAGGAAAAUAGGGGCCAGUUGUAUUGUUUCGAAGAUCGUUGGAAUCGCCGUGUUGCUUUGAGGCCUGAGCUGGCUCCUUCACUGGCUAUGCUGGUCAUUCGGAAAGGGUAUCGAUGCCAGAAUUGAUCUCCGUGUUUUUUUUUCCUAGAAAACCUGCACCUUUGCCAUUGAAAUGGUUUGUUGUUGGACAUUGUUGGCAGUAUGAGAGGAUGACAAGGAAAUGGACUCUUUCUCUCUCAUUUGUGAUCCGGUUUCACUCUCUAUCUUCUGUUUCGUUCUAACGUUCUCUUUGACACAGUGUAUUCUAAAUCAAGCAUUUUUACUACUUGCAUUGUCUACCUACAUCAACUGA